AACUUCCAGUAUCGCUCCAACCCCAACACUGCGAGUUAGAUCUAGCAGCAGCAUUAAUAGUCGCUUUUAUGCCGUUAUUUCUAAAGUACAUGUAUUAUUGUAGCGGUCCGUCACAGCUUAUUGGAUGCUAGCAAUGUCCUGUAGAUUUUGGCUUCAUCCGCCAUUUGAUCUGUGGUUCGAUCCUUUCGAUCAGCAUCGUCUGGCACAUCGAGUUUGGGUUUUUCCUUUGCUUGCAAGUCAUCCCGUGGCGCCCAGUUUUGAAUGUCGUCAUAGAUAUCAUCGUUCCUUUCAUAGUCUCCUGGUUUUCGAGGCAGAAUAUGGACAUGAACAUGAGGCACGGAUUGUCCAGCAUCGCGGCCGUCUUGCACGGCCACAUUGAAGGCUUGACAGGAUGUAUAAUGCUGUUUCAAGAUGUCCUGAACCACUCGCACCGUGAGCCAGAGAUCCGUGUAUUCUUCUUGAGAUAAAUCAGCCAGAAGGGGCACCACGCGAAGAGACAUAACCAGGACAUGGCCUGGAACAAGAGGCCUUAGAUUGACAAACGCAGCCGAUAAGGACGAAGUGUGAAAGACGUGUUCUUUGGAGAUGAGCCAGGGUCCAAAGUUAAGCUUUUUGUCGGAGGAUUCAUUGGAUGAGGAGGCCAUGGUUCGGACCAACAAGCAGGGGUAUCCUUUCUUUCGAGAUGAUGAUCUAGCGACGGAAGGAGGAAAUCUAUUUUGUAAGAGUAGAGCAGUGCAAGCUUUUGGAAGUCUUCCUAUUAGCGUUGCUGCCAUCAAGACCGACAAAGGGAGCGAUAGCAGUAAAGGCAGUCCACUACAACGGCGAGUAAUAUGUUCAGCUGUCAUGGUCGGAUGGUACAGUCGUAGCGAGAAGUGGAAGGCAGAAGUGACGGGAAAGAAUCUUCAUCAGGGAUAGGGAUGUUCUUUGUCCUUCGUCGUUAAGCCUUGCUUGGGGUCGCAUGCACCGACCGCGCGAGAAGUCAUCCACACUGGCAAGAUCCUUUGGGUGGUGCUUUUCAAGAGGGAGCAUUGUUGCUCUUCAUGGUCGAAGCCAAUAGAGACCGUCGCUAUCGUAUCUAACACGAAAGCAACAACAACAACAACAAAUACUACUACUACUACUAGCAUUAACUAACCAACCAACCGUCAAGAUGGGUGAUCAGCAAGAAGAGAACAUGGGCAUGUCGUCCGUCCUCAAGGAGGUUCAGGAGCUCGCCGAGAAGUUUAAAGUGGAGGAAGACGAGCAGUACAUUUCUCCCUAUGCCCAUUUGGAGAAGGCCACUGUCCUGCAGGAAGCCCGCAUCUUUCACGACCCCGUCGCUGUGCGUGAAAAUCCUCGCAAAUGCUGCACCGUCAUUGCCCAGCUGUUGCAUCUUCAAAACACUGGACAGUUCCUUUCGGGCACAGAGGCCACCGAAGUCUUUUUUGGUGUGACAAAGCUCUUCAUGUCCGAUGAUGCCUCUUUGCGCCGUAUGGUCUACCUCUUCAUCAAGGAUGUAGCGGAAACGUGCAACCCCGACGAUGUCAUCAUUGUCACUUCUUGUCUUACCAAAGACAUGACGUGUGAUGUCGAUCUCUACCGUGCCAAUGCCUUGCGUGUGCUCGUUCGCAUUGUCGAUGCGGCCAUGUUGGGAGCCAUUGAACGUUAUGUCAAACAGGCCGUGGUCGAUUCCUCUGGACAAGUCUCAAGUUCGGCAUUGGUCUCGGCUUCCCAUCUUUUUGUAUCGUCACCCGAGUGUGCCGCCGUUGUCAGGAGGUGGAUCAGUGAAACCCAGGAAGCCACUUCCAGUCCAAACGAAAUGGUCCAAUUCCAUGCCAUGCAAUUGCUAUACCAAAUCAAAUCCCAUGAUCGUCUCGGUGUGUCCAAGCUGGUUUCACAAUUCAGUCAGCGCAACAGUCUCCGCUCGCCUUUGGCAUUGGUACUCUUGGUUCGUUACACUGCCAAAUUGCUUCAUGAUGAACACUCGGAGGGCCGAAACACUGGAUCUUCCAUUUCGGAAGGGUCACCCGUCACCAAGGCUGGAUACCACUUUUUGGAAUCCAGUUUGAGGCACAAAUCGGAACUCGUCGUUUACGAAGCAGCCAGGGCGAUUUGUAACUUACCCGCUACCGAGCCCCAAGAUUUGAGUCCUGCCAUUUCCGUCUUGCAGCUAUUCCUCUCCUCGCCCAAGCCUGCGGUACGCUUUGCAUCGAUUCGCACCCUCGCCAUGGUGGCCAACAGUCAUCCUCGCAUUGUGUCCAAAUGCAAUGAAGAUCUUGAAGCUCUCAUUGGAGAUACCAACCGCUCCAUUGCUACUCUCGCCAUCACUACUCUACUCAAGACGGGAAGCGAGAACUCCAUCGAUCGCUUGCUCAAGCAAAUCUCGUCCUUCUUGACCGAUAUUGCCGACGAGUACAAGAUCACCAUUGUUCGCAGUCUCCAAAAAUUAUGCUUGACGUAUCCGGCCAAACAUCGCGUGUUGGUCGGGUUCCUUUCCAACUUUUUGCGCGAAGAGGGAGGAUUCGACUUUAAGAGAUCCAUUGUCUCGAGUAUUGUGGCCCUUAUCCGAACUGUGCCCGAAACGACCGAGAGCUCUCUCUUGCACCUUUGCGAAUUCAUUGAGGAUUGUGAAUUCACCAUGUUGUCCACGCAGAUUCUACACUUGUUGGGAGAAUUGGGACCCCAGACGACGGCACCCGCACGAUACAUUCGGUUCAUCUACAACCGUGUCAUUCUGGAAAACUCGGCUGUCCGUGCUGCUGCUGUUUCCGCGCUGGCCAAGUUUGCUGCGAGCUGCCCUUCCCUGAGGACAUCCAUUAUGACCUUGAUGAAGCGUAGUUUGGUCGACGAGGAUGAUGAGACGAGAGAUCGUACAUCCAUUGCCGUGUCUGUCUUGGAGGAGGCCAUGGCCAAGUACCCGUACGUCGCACCUCCCGAGGAUGCCGCUGCCGAGGAUAUUCCUGCCGAUAAACCAGUGGAUGGCGAUACCGCCGCCUAUCUUUUGCUGGAGCCAUUGCCCAUGUCGUUCGACAAGUUGGAGCGCAGCCUCAAGGCGUACAUGGCGGCUCCAAUGGCCAUGCAGAACCCGGAACCAGUGACUUUGGCUACCUUGCCGGUGGUCGAAGAUACUCCUGCCGAAAUUAUGAAGGCGCAAUCCAUGGACGCUGCCGACGCAGAGAUUUCGGGUCUGGGUGAUUUGAAUGGGUUGGAAGACAAAAAGAAGGAAAUCGUCGAUCCCGCGGCUGCAGUGUACGCCAUUCCCGAGUUGGCGGCACUGGGCAGAGCUUUCCGAUCUUCCACACCUGUCCAACUCACCGAAAGCGAAACGGAAUACGUCGUUACAUGUAUCAAACACAUCUUUGAGAAUCACGUGGUGCUCCAGUUCACCGUUCAGAACACGAUCGACGAGCAACGACUUGACAAUGUUACGGUCCUGGUGGAUGACAGUGGCACGGAUGUCUUUACAGCUUCAGGCGAGAUUGCUGCUACCGGCAUUCGCUGUGGAGAUACGAAACACUGCUUCACCAUUUUGGAACGGAACACUGAAGCGGCACUGACGUCUAGUCACUUCACGUGUGAGUUGCGCUUUACUGUUGUCCAGAUUGAUCCUGUGUCUGGCGAGGAAGAGGGUGAUUCGUUUGAGGAGGAGUAUCCUCUUGAGGAUCUGGAAGUGGCAACGUCUGAUUUCAUGGCAAAGGUGUCAGUUCCUGACUUUCGAAAAGCAUGGGAAGCUGUGGGUAAUGCAAAUGAAGUCAUGGAGAAAUUUGCAUUGCAGUUCAAGAAGAUGGAGGACGCUGUGAGCGCUGUCAUUGAUUUCUUGGGAAUGCAAGCAUGCGACGGUACUGCGGCUCUCAAACCCAACGCCGGCAACAAGCCCCACAUGCUGCACAUGAGUGGCGUCUUUAUGGGAAAUCAACAAGUGUUGUCCCGGGCACAGAUUGCAAUGCAGGGCGACAAUGGCAGUGGGGUCGUACUCAAGAUAGCAGUCAGGAGUGACGAUCCCAACAUCUCUCGGAUGGUGGCAGAUUGUAUCCACUAAACUUACCGCACGAAGCAAAGCGCAAAUACAAACAAUGCAAUACAUACGCUCGGUAAACUGGUUUAACCUUUUAGUUAUCAAAAAAAGACUUGGAUUCUUAUUAUUUUAC